AAACUCGCUAUGGUCCUAUACUUUAUUCGGCACAUACAUCUGCUAGUAGUAUUGUUUUAUUUUUUUCGGCAUUGGAUCAAAACGAACAUUAGUUAUAUAUCAAAUCCUUGUAAAAUUGAUCAGCCUUUCCAAUUCCAUUUUGGAAAAGCCGACUUGUAACAGAUUUCUGGGCCCUAUACCAUCGAAACCUGAACUUUCGGCAAAAGACAUCGACUCUUGUAUAUACAUUCUGCAGAAACCGUAUACUAGCUUCCUACCAUCAUGAGUGCUCAGCCAAGUCCGCUUAUGAAUCCCCAACAACAACAACAACAACAGCAGCAACAGCAAAGUGAGCAAGAAAAGGUGUACCAGUGGAUAAACGAGUUGGCGCAUCCCGACACUCGUGAGACAGCCCUCCUGGAACUGAGCAAGAAGCGGGAAACUGAUCUAGCUCCCAUGCUGUGGAACAGCUUUGGAACAACGUGUGCUCUAUUACAGGAGAUCCUCAACAUCUAUCCAUCGAUUACACCGCCCACUUUGACGGCCCACCAAUCGAAUCGGGUUUGCAAUGCUCUGGCCUUGCUGCAGUGCGUUGCCUCGCAUCCCGAAACUCGAACUGCCUUCCUCCAGGCCCAAAUACCGCUCUACCUAUACCCGUUCCUCUCCACUACCUCGAAGACCAGGCCCUUUGAGUAUUUGCGCUUGACCAGCCUGGGCGUUAUUGGAGCUUUGGUUAAGACCGAUGAACAGGAGGUCAUUACUUUCUUGCUAACCACGGAGAUCGUGCCUUUGUGCCUCAGCAUUAUGGACAGUGGCUCUGAGCUAAGCAAGACUGUGGCUACUUUUAUUAUUCAGAAGAUACUCCUUGAUGAGUCCGGCCUGUCGUACAUCUGCCAGACGUACGAACGCUUCUCUCAUGUGGCCAUCACCUUGGGCAAGAUGGUGAUCCAGCUGGCCAAGGAUCCAUGCGCUCGCCUGCUAAAGCACGUCGUGCGCUGCUAUCUCCGCUUGUCGGACAACACUCGUGCCCGCAAGGCUCUAGGCCAGUGUUUGCCCGAUCAAUUGCGGGACGGUACCUUUGCUCUGUGCCUGCAGGAUGACAAAUCCACCAAACAAUGGCUACAGAUGCUACUCAAGAACCUGGAACUGGGAGUAACUCCCCAGCAGAUCGGUAUGGCUCCGUUAGGAUCAUAGACCGAAUUAUUGCGAUAUUCUCAAGUAUUGCUUAGGCAUGGGCUCCAUUCGCUAGCUCCUGCACAAUUGUGACUUUUGCAAAAAAAAAAAAAAUAAAUAAAUCCUAAAAUCCAUAACUGCCCAACCCCCUCUCCCUACCAUGUACUACCAUAUACAUAGUUAACUAAUCGACCGAUAUUACGGAUAAUAAUAUUGCACGAGGUUGCCUGUGUCUAGCCUAAGCAGAGCUGUAAUAUAUAAAUAUAAAUACCGGAUAAAUAAUGUUAUUGAUAAGCUCUUCACUGAUAGCGUAUAAUUUACAAAGUAAAUAAAGAUUUCGUAAUGUUAAAAUUGAUAAA